AUGAAAAAAAACGAAGAAGGUUCGCUGGCCCGACUCCAGGCGGCGUUUGCACAGCUGCAGACAUCGGUCGACGGCGAGCGCGGGCGGCUCGAGGCCGAUAUCACGAAGCUGGAGGCCGAGCGAGAGCGCCUGCGGCGCGAGGUGGACGAGAUCGGCACCAUCCGCCGGGAGUGGGGCGCGCUGAUCAAGCUCAACGUCGGCGGGCGCACCUUCACCACCUCCAAGACCACCCUCACCCGCUACGACGAUUCGCUGCUCGGCCGCAUGUUCAGUGGACGACACGACCUCGCCAAUGACGAAGAGGGCCGCGUCUUCAUCGAUCGCAACGGGGAGCUGUUCGAGCACGUGCUCGACUUCUUGCGCGAGGGCACGGCCUGGGUGGCGCCCGACGACGCCACGCUCAUGCUGCGGCUCGAGAAGGAGUUCGACUACUUCCAGCUGCCGUUUAACGUUGAGUCGCUGGCCGCCUCGCCGAGCCUGGCCCUGGUGCCGGUACAGACCGGCGGCGGCAGAGUCGAGCGGGAGCCGACCGCACUCUUCGUGGUGGGCGGCCGCAACGACGAGGGCUCGCUGACGCUGGGCGUGGUGGAGCGCUACGACCCGGUGGCCAACCGGUGGGUGAGCGUGGGCAACCUCCCGGCCUCGCGCAACUCGGCCGCCGCCGUGGCGCUCCAGGACCACGUGUUCGUCAUGGGCGGCCUCAGCGCCGACACCUCGUCCGUCGGCUUCUUCGACCCGUCGGCGCUCGGCCAGGCCUCGGCGACCACCGAACUCGCCGGCUGGCGGGCGCUCGAGGGCCUGUCGACCGUGCGCAACGGGCUGGCGGGCGUGGCGCUGGGCGGCCGCAUCUACGCGCUGGGCGGCCACAACAACGCGAUCUACCUGAGCUCCGUCGAGCGGUUCGACGCCCGCACCAACCUGUGGGAGCGGGUGGCCGAGAUGACCACGCCCCGCUACGCCCUGGCGGCGGUCGUGCUCGGCGGCCGCAUUUACGCCAUCGGCGGCCACAGCGGCACCGCGCCGCUGGCCUCGGUCGAAGUCUACGACCCGGCCACGGACCAGUGGAGCACCGGCGUCGUGCCCGACAUGCCCACGGCGCGCUACUACCUCGCCGCGGCGGUGCUCCACGGCCGGAUCUACGUGCUGGGCGGGUUCGGCGAGGCGUGCCAAGCGGCGGUCGAGUGCUACGACCCGGCGACGAACGCGUGGACCACGGUGGCGCCGAUGUCGACGCCCAAGUACGCGCUGGCGGCGGCCUCGGUCGGCGGGAAGCUCUACGCGCUGGGCGGGUUCGACGAUACCACCACCUUCGCCACCGCCGAGCGCUACGACCCGGCCACCAACGCCUGGUCCCGGAUGGCCGACAUGCCCACGGCCAAGUACGCCCUCGCCUCCGUCGCCUGGUAG